CUUCAAAUUCGAUGUCGCCGUCUGUCGUCGUGUUUCUUCAAUAUGCGUUGUUUCUGAUUAUCGCCUUCAAAAAUGGUGUGUGCGACAAGCACAGCGACGAAUACAGAUUGAUGAAGCACCUGCUGGACGGGUAUGACGCCGGCGCGAGACCAGCUAAAAAUUCGUCCCAGCCUUUGGUCGUGAUCUUCGGACUCGCUCUUCAUCAUAUUAUCGACGUUGACGAAAAAAACCAAAUACUCACGACCAACUGUUGGGUCACGCAGAUUUGGAUCGACCAUCACUUGAAAUGGAACUCCACGGAAUUCGCCGGAAUCGAAGUGAUCCGAAUUCCUUACAAUCGCGUCUGGCGGCCCGAUACGAUUUUAUAUAACAGCGCGGAUCCGCAAUACAGUUCGUCGGUCAUCAAUACAAACGUGAUCGUGAGAUACACGGGCGAGGUGGUCUGGCUGAGCCACGGUAUCUUUCGCAGCAGUUGCAACAUAAACGUGGAGUUCUUCCCGUUUGACGAGCAGCGCUGCGCUCUCAAAUGGGCCUCUUGGACAUACGACGGUUACCGACUCGAACUGCAGAGGCAGAGCGAGCAAGGGGACGUGAGCAAUUAUCAGGAGAACGGCGAGUUCCAGCUUCUGAAUUUCACCGCCCGCAGAAACGUUGAGUACUACUCCUGCUGCGAAGAACCGUACCCCGACAUCACCUACGAGAUUCGCCUGCGGCGACGUCCGAUGUUCUACGUCUUCAACCUGAUUCUACCUUGUAUACUGAUCAAUGGCAUGGCCCUGUUGGUGUUCUGCGUGCCCUCCGAGUCGGGAGAGAAAGUCACUCUCGGUAUCUCGGCCCUUCUCUCCAUGACGGUGUUUCUCAUGACAAUACGCGAAACUUUGCCGCCCACGGAGAAGACACCGCUAAUAAGUCUUUAUUACGGCGUCAGCAUUUGCCUGGUGUCGUUCGCUUCCGCGUUGGCGGUCGUGACAUUGAAUUUACAUCAUCGCGGAGUUCGGGGUAUACAAGUGCCGAAUAUCGUGCGAUCGCUGGUCUUAGACAAAUUAUCCAGGAUAGUAUUUCUGAAUAUCCAAGAGGAGAAUAGAUCGCAGGAGUCGGCGGAACAAUUUCCAAGAAGAAAGAACAGCUGUCCGUUGCACUUCAGGCCCGAAUCGUCGGAGCAGCAUGUGUCUUCCAAGUAUUCAUCGAGGAGAGAUGAUAGUAACAGCACCAGUCCCAGUCUAGAUCUCAGGAGAGAAGGCAGCCUCGAGGCUCAGUGGUUCCGAGUUCUAGGACGUGUGUACGCGACCAUCGAGAGGAACGAGUGGCGUUUGGUCGAGCAAGAUCGACGAGAAAGGACAGAAUUAGAUUGGAAACAGGUCGCGCUGGUCAGUGAUCGCGUGCUGUUGUGCAUUUUCUUGUUCAUAACUGUCGUCAGCACGACAGUGAUUUUAUGCGGAUCGCCGCCACCGAUACCGGAGCUGCCCAAAAGUGAAUAAAUCCGGGAAUCUCAAUGCAACACGUUAUAUAUUAAAGGAAUUACGUACUAAUUAAUACUCUAACGUAUUUAGAAAAAACUAUGUACUCUGACGUAAAUCUAUUUGAAAAUGAUUAUGUAUUGAUUGCACAUAAAAAUUGAAUUGAAAAAAAAAAA